AAAAGCGGGGACGGUGCGCUAUGCUGAUUAGGCGCGCUACUGCAGCAUUUUGCUGCUUCAAUUUGCUGCUUUUGGUGCGCCGUUGGAGGCCCCGUACAGCAAAAAAAGUUCACGUUGCACUUGCUCUUAACGUUUUGCAUCUUCUUUUCGCCCCUUGCAUCUCUUUCUGAUCCAAAUCAGACCCAUCAAGGAAGUGGAAACAACAAACAUGCUUCCUAGAGCGGUUCUAUUAUGGAGGCAUGUGGGCUUCAGGUCUCUAUUGAGAAGAAGAUCAUUCUCAUUUUCAAGUCAAGCUGUGGCAGAUAUGGCAGCCAAGGAUGGGGAGUUGAGGGUUUUUAUUGUUGCUGGUGAGCUUUCUGGCGACAUGAUUGGUUCUCGCUUUAUGGAUUCCCUCACAAAGCUUUCUCCUUUUCCUGUUCGCUUUGCUGGUGUUGGAGGAUACAUGAUGUGUAAGCAAGGAUUGAACUCGCUUUUUCCCAUGGACGAUAUUUCAGUAAUGGGCAUUUGGGAGUUGUUGCCGCACCUUAAUAACUUGAGAGUUAAAUUGAAGCAAACAGUGCAUGCAGCACUUUCGUUUCAGCCUCAUAUUGUACUAACAGUCGACUCUAAAGGAUUCUCCUUCCGGUUCCUUAAGCAAUUGCGAGCUAGCUAUUUCAAAAAGGAAAGCAGACCUAAACACUUCCAUUAUGUAGCACCAUCUUUUUGGGCCUGGAAAGGGGGUGAAGCCAGAAUUAGGGGGCUUUCUGAGUUUGUUGAUCAUGUGCUAUGCAUCCUUCCGUUUGAGGCAGAAGUUUGUAAGGCGAAUGGAUUACCUGCGACAUUUGUUGGGCAUCCCACACUUGAGGACUGCUUGGAGUUUAAGGACAAGAAAACAUCUGGGAACAUUCAUAGAAAAGGAGAAGAAUUUAGAGCUGAACAUGGAAUAGCGUCAGGAUCUACUGUCAUUAGCUUGCUUCCUGGAAGCAGAAUACAGGAAGUUACACGAAUGCUUCCCAUAUUCUCUAAUGCUGUGGAGCUAUUAAAAGAUUCAAUUAAUGAAUUGAUUACAAUAGUCCAUGUCGCACCCAAUCGACAUGUCAAAGGUUUUAUGGAUAGAGCUGUGCGCGAGUGGCCUGUCCCUAUUGUGAUGGUUCCGGGUGGAUCUCCCAGCUUAAAGUACCAAGCAUUUUGUGCCAGCAAGGUGGCAUUAUGCACUUCUGGAACGGUGUCUGUGGAGUUGCUACUAGCACAACUACCGUGCGUGGUUGCCUACCGUGCCCAUCUUCUAACAGAAUGGAUCAUACGUUACAAAGCCAGAGUGCCUUACAUCUCUCUUCCAAAUAUUCUUUUGGAGUCUGCUAUAAUCCCUGAAGCUCUCUUUCAGAAUUGCACACCUUCAAAAUUGGCAUCAUUUUUGCUGGAACUUGUCGGCGAUGAACGACUUAGAGAGCAACAGGUCAGUGCUGCUGCAAAUGUGACUAAUUUAUUAAGGCCAGCAAAAGGAGGAAUGACUGCCAACUCAAUGCAGCCAGACUUAAGCAUUGCAUCCCAUGAUGUCCUUCCAAGUAUAUUUGCUAAUCUGAUGGGUAAACGCUCGGCUUUUGAUGAUUCAGACGAGGAGGAGCAGUAUCCUGAGGAGAGGCCGCAAGGAACCCCCCAGCAGGAAAUGGGUCAGGCGCCCCCCGGUCAGAUGACGCGGGCUGUGCAGGCAGUAAACUCCUUCGUGUCCGUGUGCGCGGACUUGGAAGGACAGCUGGCUUUGGCCAGGAGGAAGGCCGUCAGUGAGGCCAACAAAGCCCGAGAGGCGGAGACACGGCUUCAGGCCUUGGAAGAAGAGAGGGAGCGACUGGAGGAGGAGAGGUACUUGGGGUCGUCCGAGUUCGCCCUCGGGAUAAACGACGUCAUGGACCCCGUCAUGGAAAGAGGGGCGAGGAAGCUCGUUAUAGAGAUCGAGGCGGCUCGGAGGAAGAACGAGGACAUCCAACCCAUCCUCGACAAAUAUGCCGAUAGGGAGAUGAAGGGAAAGACGUCCGCGGUAAGGCUGCGGUGCAAGGCCCGGAAGUACUUUCGGGAUAUGGACUUCGCGCAUCUCCCCAUCAUGCAACAGAUCGCCGGGACUUGCCCCUCUAUUUCGAAGCUCGAAGACAUUCUAAAUAUCCCGAGCAUCCCAUCCUUCGUCUUUCAGAUGCCGAGGGAGACACAGACGCCUCCGAGCACACUGCAGGGGCCCGAUGAGGAGUUGGAGAUAAUCGGACCUGCACCACCACCCCAAGGGCACAACUCUGGAAGCCGCGGAGGAGGGGGCACCUCGACCGACUCCAACACCAACAGCGGAGACAAGAUCGACUUACAAUUUCCCGAUCCUCAUCAUGACCCAACGACCUUUCCACUGUAUGCGGCUGUAGGAAGCGCCUUGGUGGAUCUAAACGUCGACAGGAGUCGAGGACGACUGUCGGGUCUCGAGGGCCAGCUGGAAGAGGCCUUGGAAACUUUCAGGGCCUCGGAGCUGCACGAGGCACGCAGGGCCGUCAUCGAGGCGAAGGCCGAAAACGACCGGCUGGAUAAGUUAUGGAGGGAUACGGAGGCCUAUUGGGAGGAUCACCUGAAAAACAUUAUACAGUUAGAGAUAUUGGCUAACAAUCACUUCCGGACAUUCGAAGCCAAGAUAUGGAAGAAAAAGAAGGACGAGGGCUUUGCCGAACCAGACCCAGAGGAUUUUAUUUCCCGUAACUAUUUCGAGAGCGUCUUGGUGCAUUUCCGGAAGGCUUACGCCUUGGUUGCUGUAAAGUGGGAUCGGUCCUCCGACAAGAUUGAGGCUCUCCGGGCGUAUGCGGGUCAGCUUCGGGCAGCUUUGGAAAACGCGAUAUCCUUCAUUGUAAAGACGGGGAAGGAGUAUGAUUUUGAGGCGUUGUGGCCCGAGCCCUGUCUGGCCAUGUGA